AGGUCAAACAAACUUUUGACUGUCAUGGCUGUGAGAACGGGUUUAUAUUUGUUUUGAUGUUUACUUUUUUAAUUUUGACAAAAUGGACAAUAAAUGGAUUGGAAUAUCCAACUUUAUUUGCAAAGGAGCAGUGCGCUCAGUUCAGUGAGAUCCUGGGCAGCGUUUCCGCUCGACUCCAUCAGCAGCGGCGAGAAGAGGGCGAUGUGGAGCCGAUCUCGCCAAUGCAGUUGCCAAACUCCCAGAAAAAACAGCUGUCAGCCACGCCGGGAUCCCGAGAACAAGACUCUCAACAAGUCACCAAACGCCACCGAAAACUCUUAAAAACCAGCGCCAUACUGCGGCCGCACACAAACACUUCAUCAUCAUCAUCAUCGGCAUUAUUAUUAUCAUCAGAGAAGAACACACGGCGGCUGUCAGACGUUCAGGAGGCCCGCAAACGAAAUGUACGCGAAGUCUGCGGGAAAUACCGCAGCAAUAUUUCCCGAACGAUAACGCCACAUCAUGUAUCGCGCAUUUAUGUUGAGGACAGGCAUAAGCUUCUGUAUUGCGAAGUCCCGAAAGCGGGAUGCUCCAACUGGAAGCGGGUCCUGAUGGUGCUCGCUGGAGUCGCCAACUCAACGCAGGACAUCAAUCACGUCGCUGUACAUUACGAUAAUCAUCUGAAACGGCUGGAUAGCUUUGAUCGGCAGGGUAUAACGAAGCGUUUGGAAACGUAUACUAAAGUCCUAUUCGUCCGCGAGCCUAUGGAGCGACUAGUGUCUGCGUUUCGGGAUAAAUUCGAAAGUCCUAACUCCUACUACCAUCCUGUUUUCGGAAAACCAAUCAUAUCAAAAUACAGAGUGAAUGCAUCGCAGACGGCACUGAAAACAGGAAGCGGUGUCACUUUUCGAGAGUUUAUUCACUAUCUGUUGGACGUCCACCGGCCUGUUGGAAUGGACAUCCAUUGGGAAGCUACCAAUCAGCUUUGUAGCCCUUGUCACCUCCGCUAUGACUUCAUUGGGAAAGUCGAAACGUUAGAAGAAGACGCCAAUUUUCUUUUGCGAAAAAUCAAGGCGCCGGAGAACCUGAUGUAUCCAUCGUUUAAGGACGGGAACCCAAAAGCGGCCAGAACUUCCACGCAGAUCACGCAGCAUUAUUUCUCGCAGCUGAACGCGUCCGAGCGCCAGCGGGCGUAUGACUUCUACUAUAUGGAUUAUUUGAUGUUUAAUUACUCCAAACCCUAUAAAGACCUGUAUUGAAGCCUGUGCUGGAGCCUGUGCUACAGCAUUACAUGUGCGCUGUCUGCUAGGAUAUGAGUAAUUACACUGCAAAAAAAAAAAAAUGCUUUUUACGUUGAGGUUUAGUCUCGAUUCUAGUCCAAAUAUCUAAAAAUUCUUACAUCAAGAAGCAUUAGACAAGUACUUUCUUGUUUUAAUAAAUAGUGAGUCAAAAUGAAUUGAGUUUUUCCAGAAAUCAAGCUAAGUAAAUCUGGGAGGGCAAAAUAAUCUUGCUUUUUAUGUUGUUAAAGAUUAAAUAUGUUUUAAAUUGUGCAAAUAAAAUAACUGAUAAAAGUUUAAUAAUAUAAAACAAAUAUAUAAAUAUAUAUUUUUUUUAAUUGAAAAAAAGCUAGACUCUCAAAAACAACCCAGGCUUAUUGCGGAUUUGUACCCAGGUCUACAUUUCUGGGGACACCAGAGGGCGCAAUAUACACAGUUUUUCUUUGCUUUUGUUUUACUUAGUUUCUGGAACUGUUCUUUGCCGCACUCAAACCCCUGUCGACACGGUCAAUUUUGCUCCGCGACCCAAGUCCAUCAGCGUAAGAGAAGAGAUACUGGGUGAACUGUAACACUAGAAAAGCCGUCCAUAUGGAGGUAAGCAGUCAGCAGUAGCGCGAAAAGAACAGAACUGGCAUCAUACCACCCAAUAGCGUUCAUUUUACAGGCAAAAUAGUGAUGUUGAGACCCUGAAGUGCAAGUAUUUCGAAACACUGCACCGAAGCAUGAUCCGAAAAACGUGACUAAGGUGAUCUGAAACACCAGGGGCCUCAUGUAUCAACGCUGAUUUCAUGCCAAAUGUCACGCUCACGUUUGGAUUUACUAACGAUAUAAAGAACGUGAAAAUGUGCGUUGGUUCACGCCAACUUCAUGUCAGGCGUACGUGCAUUUCUUGUGUGUGUUUGUUUUAUUUCCUUUGGCGACUCCUAGAGGCAGUUAUGUUAAAUUGCACACUACAAAGUAUCUUUGAGCCGUGCAAUGCCAGCUGUAUGAAAGGGGAUCAUUCGCAUGUCUAGCAGUUAAAUAAGGUUUCCAUACCAUGCAGUUGACAAGCCAAACAUUAAAGCGCAAUUUGCAGCGAUCGCCGGUUUUCCCAAUGUAAUCGGAGCGAUCGACUGCACACAGUGCUAUAAAGGCGCCAUCUGAAGACGAAUUUGCAAACGUGAAUCGGAAACCUUUCCAUUCAAUAAAUGUGCAAAUAAUAUGCGAUGCACAAAUGCGCUUAACACAAUACACACACUUAUUAAUGAUUCCUACUUGUCUUCCUCGUGAUAAAGAGUAGGCAAAAUCUGAUAUGUGGCGAGGAAAAAAUAAGAUUGAGUUCAUCAGAUGCUGGAUUCGAACCGAGUUCAUGAUUGAUAGUGUCAAAACAUGGUACCAUGCGCUUUACGGGCUACGCCAAUCACACUGCUGAAAAACACUCUUUAGUUAUUUUAUCUCUGUCAAUCAAACGGGAAAACGGCAAAAAUUUACACCUUUACAUCGCACUAUUUCCUUAAUUCCUUCACAGUGCGAUGUUCAGACCCCACUGCGUUAACCAUGUCAGCUAAACUCUCCCACUCUAUAUUUUUUUUCUUUUGUUAUUAAGGACAAACUUGCAAAUAACACCAUUUUUCUCCGGUCUACUUCCAAAAGCAGCACCUCCAAUUCACAUUCUGUUCAAAGUUUCUCUUUUUGCUUGCUUUUGCCGUUGCUUUUUCAUUUGGUUUUGCCAAAGUAGAGUCAUUAGCAUAUUUAUAAGGGGGAGGAGACAGGGAGGGGUUUUGCGCACGUGCGCUCAGUUUCACGUUAAUUCGGAUGUACAAUAAGAAUAUGCGUGGGAUUCUGCAUACACACUGUUUCAUACAUCUGAAUUUUUUACUGUGUACGCACAUUUACAGCUUUGUGCGUACGCAAUGUUUUAGUAUGAAUUCAACACAAGUCUUCGUACAUGAGGCCCCUGGUCACGUGACUAAAGCUAUUCAAAACAUCAAUCAUUUCAUAAGCGUUUUGAGACCUGGCGAAUUUGCAUUUGACUGACAGUGUCGAAAAAAAAAACCUCAUGUAUCCUAGUAGACCGUGCGUGUACACACAGUAACUGUGCUGCAAAUGGCCUGAGUUUGAAUCCUGACUUAAACAAAUACUCUGAAAUUAUGACUUGAUGUAUUUUAGUAAUGUAAAUUUUUUUAUGACCAAAACAAGACAGAUUUAUUCACAAAGUGUUAAUUUGAUUGUCAGAUCAACGUUAAAACAAAACACGUUACAAGAACAGAGCAUUUAAAAACUAACAUCUACAGCUGCAUCACCCUGGAUUCGAACCCAUUAUCUCUGCAUGCUAGUCUGGAACUCUCACCAAUUCACUAAAUCACUUGAAGCUUCAACUCUAAAACGAGGGUUUUAAAACCUCGAUUUGCUAAACUGUUUCUUUGCUGGAGCUGUUUCAGUGCAAUACAUAAAAAGUGACCACUAGGUGUCACUAGAGACAGGUUUUGAAACGUUUCAAAGCUUCGACACAUUUGUUUCGUCUGUUUCAAUGUUUCAAGAAGCCUCGCUUUGCCCACCACUAUGAAAUGGAGCCAGACGUACCUCUGGGUACAUAUUUCACGCUCUCCAGAAAUGUAUACAGGGGUACAUAUCCACAAUGAGCCUACAGUAUGUUGCUAAAACUGUUUGGUUAUUUUAACCCAAUUCUGGGUGUAAUAAGGACCAAACCAGUCACUAGGUUCAUUUUUAAAAUUAAAUUAAUAGGACUAAAUUUAAUCCAGUGUUUUGGUCAGUCCAUAUUUUGCUUUAACUUGGGUUUAAAUGACCCAGCAUUUCCUAAAGUGUCAAAUCUUUGAUGAAACAAAAACUGACAUUCUCUCAUCUCUCAUUUCUUGCCCUCAAGGCUGAUUUAUACCUUUGCGCAGUCACAUAGCCCUCGCCGUGGCUGACGCCGACACUUGCCUCUCAAAAAAUGCGAAGUAAAAUUGGUGUGUCGAGUGUGGCCGGUGCUGAGACCCACAAGGCCGAUGGAGCGAGUAUUUACUAGUGUCCAGUCCUGUGAAGGAGCUCCAGAUGUUUUGCGCUUACCCUAUGAUUAAAGUUGUUGCACGUCCGCCGGUUCCCACCUCUAAAUGAGCGAGUCUGAGCUACGUCUAGCAUUCAGAAAAAACAAAACACCCACCAAGAUACUCGACACAGAGGAAUGUAAAAACCUACUGCCAGCUAGCAUUUCAGAAGUGUUAUUGCAGAGCAACACAAACAGCGCGCAGAAGUAUAAAUGCACAACUACUUGCAAGGCAGGCGCGUGGGCAUACCUGUCAACCCUCCUGUUUUUCCCGGGAUUGUCCCGUUUUUUGCAGUGCUAUCCCACUAUCAUCCCAUAAAAGUAUUUUCCAAAUAAAUAAUCUAAAAUCUAAAUAAAUAAGAGAUUCAUUCGUUGCUCUUUAGUCAGAAUGUGUAGAUUAUACAGUGAAGAAACGGCUAAAGGGAUUUAAUACUUGAUUCUACUUCAUUAUAAUAGCUAUUAAUUUUAAUAAGCUGAACUGUUUGCUUAUGUAUUUGCUGCUAAUGUACACUAUUUAAUUUUUCUUUUGUAAAUAAUAAUAAUAAAACAUGUUACUGACCAUUUAACUGUUUAUUUACAAUGACAACAGCUCCAGAUGAACAUAUUUAGAAAUCCAUAUUUAGUAAGGGGGGUUGGGGUCAGGGAAUCCCUUAUUAUGGUGGGCAUAUCCCUUAUUUUCACAUCCCAAUGUUGACAGGUAUGGCCGUGGGUCAUGCCGAUCACUCGAUGCAGAAGUAUGAACCAGCCUUCACGCUGCCUCGAACCUGAAUCCGUCUCUUUCCUUAUUCAAUUAAACAAAACAGUUGCUGGUCGUUGACUUUCAUGGUACUGAAAAACAAACUAAAAUCAGUGAGUAGAUCAGUGAGUAGUGAACUAUUUUGGACUGUAAUUACAAUAAAAUAUGAAUAUAAAAAUACAAAACACCAAUAAAUGCUAUAAUAGAAUCUCAUUUCUAUAACCAACUCAUCCCUUAAAACCAGGGGCGUAGCAACCAGGGGGGACGGGGGGAUCCGUCCCCCUCACUUUUAGAGACAGACCAUUUAGAAACAGGUGAUUAAUAAUUAUAUACAUAUGAUCUCAUACAGCCGUCCCCCUCACUUUUAAAAUGUCCACUACACCCCUGCUUAAAACUCACUGAAUUAGCCAUAUUAUUUCUGAAAACUCAACAAUAUGUUUUGCUUGUCUGGAAAAAGCUUCUUGAUUUAAGAGUUUUUUUUAGAUAUUUGGACUAAAAACCCAAAAAAUCUAAUUAAGAAAAGCAUUGUUUUGCAGUGUAGACUAAUCCACAUUUACUAAUCUCGUCUUCUUGGGAGAUUCAGCACUAUUAUUUGCCACUAAAAAUGGUGUGACUCAACAAGUGAAUGUGUGGAAACUAAACAGAUGCACUCUUGUUUAAAAGUUUGGGGAUUUUGAUCAAAUGUGAUUGUUUUUCAGAUAAAUCAUUCGUUCAUUUAUUAA